UCCCUGCGAUCCCUGCGAUCACCGAAGUUGCUCGAUCGUUGGACGCGAUGCGAUCCGCGGUGUACACGACGCGUCGAGCGAAAACGAAUCGUCACGCGGUAAUGGAUGAUGCGCGGAUAGGCAGACCUAUCCUCUAUAUAAACGCGUUCAGCCACCUGCCCGUUUGAGCUCUGACCUUCCCUCCCUCGAUACGAUUCUCCCCACUCUGAAGAUCGAUGCUCGUCGGACUUAGUCAGCGGUGACGGCAACCUGGAUCAUCGUUAUCGCUAGAACGACGAAUGCAUCCUGCUUCUAGGACUAAUGAGCAGCGAUGCACAUUCGAGUCUCAACUUCGAAUCGAUUCGAAGAUAUUCAAUCUUACGUUCCUCCGUAUUUUGUGAUUGGACAUUCGUGAUAAGUUCGCGGGAGUUGCAUAAGUGUAAACAAGAGUUCGAAUAAUUGAAGAGUUCGAAGACCUGUCGAUUCAUUCGAGACUUUCGAAGUCUGAAUUCUUCGGAACUUUCAUGGUCGGUUGAAUCACUCAAGAUGUUUAAAGCGUGUCGAAUUACUCAAUGCUUUUAAGUUGUCGAAUCAUUCAAGAUUUUUAAAUCUUAGAAAUUAUUCAAGAUUUGCAACGUUCGUGGAAUCAUUCAAGAUUUUUAAGUCUUAGAAAUUAUCCAAGACUUGCAUUCUUUGAAUCAUUCAAGAUUUUUGAGUCUUAGAAAUUAUUCAAGACUUGCAAUAUUUAUCGAAUCAUUCGAGAUUUUUAAGUCUCAGAAAUUAUUCAAAACUUGUAAUAUUUAUCGAAUCAUUCGAGACUUUCGAUUCGAAAUACUUCGGGGUCCUUCGGCUGCGCAGGACGCGAGCGAUUUUUGUCGGUCACGGGAUUAAUGGGGCAGCCGGACCCUGUUCGCCAUCGAUCCUCCACCUGUCAUCCCCUAUGGUCACCGACGAGGGGGGAGGAGGAUUGUUUGUUUAUCGGAGGACACGUCGACGAGCGGGUUACCGGUGUUUAUAAAUAAAUCGACGGUGAACUUGGAGGUAAACGGCGAGCUAGGCGUCGGUGGAUCGGCGUUGGGGUUGGUCAGGGUGCGUGGUUCGUUCGCAGGGGCUGUUCACUGCAGAUGAAUCUAAGACGCCGCGGAACUGGUCGAAGAAUCUUGUCGCGUGGCCUGAACAAUUUUUGAGACUAGUCGCGUUUUAUUUCAUUGAAUUUCCUCGGACUGCGUCGCUGACCGUUCUGCUCGGCAACUUUCCACUGCCCUGUGUGGAGGACCUAUCGUUUACAAGUCGGAUUGGCUUGUAAUAUUUAUCGUAGUAAUGAAGACCAUUAAACACCGAUCACGAUUCCCCGAGUUCAAUUAGAAUUCUCCAGUUCCACGAGUGAAUCACGAUCCAGAGAAUCCAUAUUCCGCGGAAGAGGGCUCCGAGGAUCCAAGAAGCAAGAAGCGAGACUCACGAGGACACUCCGGUGACCUAAUCCGAUCCCGGUUAGACGGAGGAGGACGACGACUCGGUUGACUCUGGGUUAAGCGGUUGUGCCGCAGCGGCUCUGCAACUUUCUCGACUCCUCCGAUCUCUGUGCGAACACGGAAGGAGCCUGAAACCGGCCCAGUGGGUUCUCGGGUGGUCGCAGUGCACGCAGGAUCGCGGCGGUGUUUGGACCGCGACUCGUCCUUGACGGAUCAGCCUGUUUGAGGACCAGCCAAAGAGGACCAAGGGUGACGAGAACGCGAUCGAGGCGGUGAUCCCGGCCGAGAAGGAUCGCUUGGAGUACGACAAGGGUGAGGUGAUCGGCGAGGAUCGUCCUCUCCUCGGCGAGAAGAUCGAUGACAGGAAACGGGGCCGCCUGGAAGAUCUGACCGGGAUGCCCGAGCCCGAGGACGACCAGGUGCAGCCUGAUGACGAGGAGGUCAACUUGGACACCGGCGAACCCUCGCCGGAAGUGAUGGAGUACGCCAGGAGGGAGCUCGGCGAGACCGAGGAGGUCAAGUGUCAGACCAUUCAGGAGCUACGCGAUAUGAUUUAUGAAAGGGGCGAGUGCCUGCCGCACAGAAUGGACGAUGACUUUCUCAUCAGGUUCCUCAGGGUUAGAAAUUUCAACGUCAAUCGGGCACACAGAUUGAUAGUGAAUUACUACAACUUCAAAGAGGAACACCCAGAGAUCCAUCAAGAUGUCAGCCCAGUGGAGAUGAACCACAUCGGGGACGACGAUGUGAUGACAGUGCCGCCGUACAGGACCAACUGCGGCAGGAGAAUGAUGAUCUUCCGAUUGGGGAACUGGGACCCCAGGAAAUAUCCCGUGGAGGAGAUCUUCAAGGCGACGGUGAUCAUCCUCGAGCUGGGCGUCUUGGAGCCCAGGGCGCAAAUCAUGGGCGGCGUCGCCAUUUUCGAUCUGGAGGGCAUCACUAUGUCCCACGCGUGGACAAUCACUCCACAGGUGGCCAGCAUGGUGAUAGCGCUGAUGGUGUCCGCGUUCCCCAUGAAGACCCACGCGAUCCACAUCCUCCACCAGUCGUGGGUGUUCGACGUGAUGUUCGCGGUGUUCAAGCCGCUGCUGGACGUCCGGAUGCAGAACAAGAUAUUCUUCCACGGCAGCAACAUGGACAGCCUCCACGAGCACAUCCUGCCGACCCACUUGCCGAAGAAAUAUGGCGGCACCCGGGAGGAGCUGCCCUACUACAAGUGGAUCGAGAGCCUGAGCAAGGUCCCGAAGAUCGUCGAGGAGAUGAAGCAGCUCGGGUACAUCGUGCCCGAGGAGAUCCUCAAGCAGUUGAACCAGUCUGUCCAGAAAUGAUCCGUGGAUCACCGUCGCAUCUUUCGUUAACCGAAACGUGACAAUGUUUGAUCGCUUGACCAGAAUUUGUGGAGUUUUUACGGAAAAUUCAGAGUUUCGGGGGAACGA